AAGAAGAAGGCGGGGAGGUGGGGGCUCAGUGACGGCGGUUGGUUCAUCCAGCUUCUCAAUCUUUCCCGGACACUAGAAUUUUUUUCAUAUUAUUUUUUUCUUUCCCGAGAGGUAGUGGCCAUCGAUGUUUGAAGUCAUCAUCGAGGGUCUGCGACUCGAGGCAGUCGUUGAAAAGUAGAUCAGAGAUAUUCACGAAGACGUGUUCGGAAGACAAUUAUUAAUUAGUAUCUUGAGAAGUUGGUGACGGUGGAGGAUCAAGUGGUGGGAGAAGUGGGUCGUUUUCGCCCACACGUUUGAGGGUUUUCACAGCGGAAUUGUGAACACCAGGAGUUGAACAGUUGCGGCGUCAUCGUCGUUGGUGUCUUGGUAUUCCCGGUAUCUGUUGAUUAUUCCAUUGACUGGAAUGAUCAUGUGCUAAUUGAAGAUCAGAGAAGACAUUCCGUGAGUUCUUGGUCGGGUGUCAGAGGUAGAGAUUCUUCGGUGAAGAGGAAUUUUGUUUGGGGAGUUUUUUUGGAAUUGAGGGAAAAAUGCCGGGCGCCGGGGGUCAACAACCCCAGAGGACAACGUUCAGGCCACCUUGGGUCAAGGAUGGGCCCAAUCCGUUGCCCAUGCCUCAAGCUCCAUGGACAUUGAACAACAGAAGAGAAUCUAAACCCACAACUGAUGAUGCACCAGCUUUCACUAAAGUCACAUUGAAGAGUGUUCCAAAGCCUGCAGAUGCUGUAUCGCAAUCAGCAGAGCCAGCGCCUCCAGCUCGGAAACAGAGUAAAAUAACAAUAAUACCAGCUCAACCAAACAGUGAACGUAAUGCACCAAUCAAACCUUCAGCUAAUAAAACAAAAGCAAGCACAGACAAAGGAUCAAGUAAAUUAGGGGAAAAUGGAAGAGUUGAAUCCACGAGUUCCUCUAAACCACAAUUGGAGAGACAAACGCGUAUCGAUAAAUCUCGAUCACGCACUGAUACCAGAGUGCCAAUAUCGAAAAGUGAAAGCACAACAGGUGCACCUACACUAUCAAAAAGCUCAUCGAGAGCAGCAAUACCACCACCACCACCACCUAGACCACCGCCACCACCACCAUCCAGGGAAGUUGUUCCUGAACUGAAGAAUCUACCACCGAUCAGUGAGAAAGCACAGAAAACUUUGGAGUUGCUUAAAUCGAGGCCUCGUAAACGUCCCGAUUGGUCGUGUAUAUUGAAGGAGGUGGAGAGUGGGAAGAAAUUGAAACACGUCAAGUGUAACGACAGAAGUGCACCAAUAAUCGAAAGAGUUAGCAAAGUUAUAGCUGAUCCACAAGAUCAACCUCAUUUCGUCUUUGAAUCGGAAAAGUCUAACAUGCACAAUCAGCUGUUACACCAAAUUCAAACCGGGGUGAAGUUGAAGAGUGUAAAAACGAAUGAUCGUUCAAAGCCAAUGCUGGAGGGUCUGCGAAAAUUCCGUCGACAAUUAACAAUCGAAGAGCAGAUACAGAGGAAAGAAGCAACACCCGACAUCGCCGAGACCGUACCCGACGAGAUGGACGACAUUGAUGCUGUAAGGGACGAUUUGCAGAGUACCAAACAGAUGCUUGCAUUGGAAUUGCGAAAUAAGGAAGCGCUGGAAAGAGAUAACAAGAGGCUGCAGGCAAGAGUAUUGAACAUGGAGGCUGAGCUUGAACGAGCAAAGCUCCAGCAAAACGUCGUUGAACACAAGAAACAGGAUGAGAAAAUACAGGAGUCGUUGAAGAAAGAAGCUGAAGCAGCGAGGAAAGAUGUUGAGAAACUUGAAAAAGACUUUGCUGUUGUUGCUGAGGAGAGGGAUAAAACUAAAAUCGAACUGGAGGAGAUGAAGAGGAUGUACGCUAAUUUGGAGAGACGCAUGAAGGCUGAGUUUUAUUGGGACUGGCCAGAGCCCAUAAUAGAAUAUCCAGAGGAGACUCCAGAGGGGACCUGGUACGAUGUUUCAGGAAUGGCAUUGGCAGGAUGUCCGAGUGCCAAGGAUGUCGCUAAAAUAGCGUCACAGAAGAGUAUUGAUAAAGGAGAGAAGACAGCCAGCGAGACAGAGGAGGAGGAGGAGUCAUCGGAAGAGGAGGAUGAGGAUGAGGAUCCUGAGGCACAGGCUGAGAAACGACUGCAGAGGGAAAUUAAAUUGCUCAAUACAAAGAUUAGGAAUUUCAAGAACAAAGCUGCUAAUGCCAAGAAGGAGAGGUACGCGUUGAAGGAACAAAUAAAACAGCAGCAGAAAUUAUUGAAAGAGGAGAAGAAGAAGUACAAAGGGCUUCAAAAGGAAGUUGAUAAAAUGGCUAAAUUGAUGGGAGACACUGACGACGAGGACGCUGACGAUGAAGAGGAGGAGGAGGAAGAGGAAGAGAGUGAAUCUGAGGAGGAAUCGGAGUCUGAGGAGUCCGAGGAGGAGGAAUCCGAGAGCGAUGAUGAAGAGGCCGAACCAGAGGAACGCAAGAGUAAUUUACAGUCAAUCGUGAAAAAACACGAGGGAAGAAUGUCAUCCCUGAAGAAAGGUAAUUAUCUGCUCAAAGCCCAGGUGGACAGACUGAAAGACGACCUAGUGAAGCAGCGUGAAGCGAGCCUAUCCCUCCAAGAGGACCUCGACUCAGUUCUCGCUGAACUGGGUUAAAUUUUGCAUAACAUGAAUUCUAGUUGAAGAAAUAUUACAUAAUGAAACUAACAUAUGCACAUAAAUAAAAAGACAAAUGUCGAAUUGAGUGGAUUAAGUACUGAAAGCCAACACCUACACAAAUUACACAAUUAAAGCGAGAGAGAAUGACAAAUUUAUGGAGAUAAACAUUCAGAUUAUUGCUUACUUUUGUUGCAGACUAGACGAUAUGAAAAAGAGAAAAAUGAAACAAAUAUGGAAUUAACGCGAUUUUUCAUUUGCUAUUGUUAAUUAAAGUGUAAGAUAUUUUUUAAUAAAGGAUACGAAUAUUGGCCAUUGGUUUAAAAA